AUGCUAUGUACUCCAUGUGUGCAGAAGUCUAUGGAAGAACAUAUCAGAGAAAAAACCGAACCACGUUGUUGUGCUGGUGUUUGUAAUUAUCAGUUGUCAAAAUAUGAUGUUUCAUGUUUACCGUUGAAACCGGAUAUGCUUACAAGUUUGUUAGCACUUGUUAUUACAAAACAACGUCCUCAAUGUCCUCGAUGUCUGUUUUAUAUCGAAUUUCAAACGAUGGAAACAUAUGAACAACAUGUGAAAUUUUGCAAUCCAAAUGAUAUGAUACCAUGCGAGUAUUGCCAUUGCUUAUACGAAAUUUAUCAAUUAGAUGAACACACAGCCUAUUGUCGUAAUAUUCCAGUACACGAACGGCGACAAGCAUUCAUAGAUUUCAUCGCAUCGAAGCUGAAAUAUCCUUUUACACCAGUACAAGUUCGUUAUUACAUCGAACUACAAAGACAGAAACGGCGAACAAUCGACCCUCAUGAAAUUGUUGAUGCAUUAGCCCUAGUUGAACGUGGCAAUUAUUGGAGAGCUCGGGCGCAAGAAGAUGUUACCUAUCGUGCCCAAUUAGAAGAAUAUGAAAGACAAUUAGGAUCAAAUGUUAAGCGAAACGAAGAAUUGCGUCGUCGUUACGAAGAACUAAUGGCUGAUGAAGCAUUUAAAGCUCAAAAUUGUCGUCUUUGUCCGCAUUGUAAACGAGUUGUGCAACAUAUGGGAGGAUGCAGUAGUAUGGUAUGUGGGCGUAAUUAUCACGGAGGUGAUCAACAGUCAGGAUGUGGCAAAAGUUUCACAUGGGACGAUACUAAACCUUACAUACCAAGCAUCGAUACCGCACCAGACAAAAUUAAAAAUUCUUUACCACGUCCAGAAAAUAAGCACAGAAUCGUUCAUAAAGGCAUUAGACUGCAAACAGUAACAUCAAUCACGGCAUUCAUCACUGCUAAACCAACAAUUGUCAUACCUGUCAACUCAACUACAACGAUGGUAACAAGUAAUAGCACAAAAACACCAACGGCAUCACUGUCGAUAUCCGUAUUAACCACAACUUCAACAAUAAGAGCAGUACCCACCGGAACAUUAGCGGCAACUACAAACAGCCUAUCGAUUACAUCACCAAUAGCAACAACAGUGUCAAUAACAGAUGAGACAGCAACAACAAUAUUAACAGCAUCGAUAACAGAUGCGAUAAUUUCAAUGACUACUACAGAGCCAUUAACAACAAUAAUGACAUUUAUAACUACAAUGAGUACUUCAGCAACAACUACUCAUUCUACCACAUCUUUGCCGUCAAAACCUGGUGAUGGUAUUUGUGCAACAGCUACAUGGGAACGAGUUGGUCAAGUUGUGGCUGGUGGUAACGGAGCAGGAUCGAAUCUUAACCAAUUGAAUCAUCCUGCUGCCAUUGUCGUGGACGAAAAUCAAACAAUUUAUAUCUCGGAUAAUGUCAAUAAUCGUAUUAUUAAAUGGAAUGUUGGUGAUUUAAGUGGAGUCGUGGUUGCCGGUGGAAGCGGUAGAGGAGACGCACCCGAUCAAUUGCAUGGUCCCCGUGGUUUUGUUUUCAGUAAAAACGGAACACAUUACAUUAGUGAUGCCGAAAAUAGUCGCGUUCAACGCUGGUUUCGUGGUGCUUCGACUGGUGAUACAAUUAUACGUAGUAUUUCUGCGUACGGUAUAGCACUAGAUGAUGAAGAAUCUCUCUAUAUAUCUGACAGAGAGAAAGGUGAAGUAAUAAAACUACUGAUAAAUGAGACUGUUGGAGAAGUAAUUAUAUCCAAACUAAAUCAUCCAUAUCUAAUUUACCUUGAUAGAAACCGAUCUCUCAAUAUAACUGACCGGGAUAAUCAUCGACUGAUUAAAUUGAAGUAUGGUGAAACCCAAAGUUCCAUUGUUGCUGGUGGACCUGGUGGUGGCAGUGGUUUGAAUAAACUGCAAAGACCAGAAAGGGGUGUGGGUGUGGGUGUGAGGUUGUGGGUCUGAGGGUGUGGGUGUG